AUGAGCUGGUUUGGGUUUGGAAGCGAAAAAAAAAACACGGAAGACGAUGAGUCCAAGCAACAGGCAUCCUUGAUGGCAAACGACGACAUGAGAAGUCGCCAAUCGGGAGGGCCAGGUAAUGGAUCCGUUGGACGUACCCGUGGUGGCGCCUCGGAUGUAUCGGGGGGUGAGCGCGGAUCAGGGAAGGUCAUUAAAGGAAAAUCUGCCGAAACUGCGACAAGAGAGAAGAAGCGAAAAGGCAAGGCUGUCUCGACUGCGAAGAAAAACGCGGAGGAAGCCGAACGCACAGCAAGUGAGAUGGCUGAAGCGAUGAGUUGGUGGAACUCAAACACAAAAAGCGUCGCGGCUGCGACUAAUCCUCAAAAAGCUACCCAGACCGAACUCAAUGCAAAGAAAAUGAAAAAAACGAUGGGAAGGUGGGACAAGAAGGGGUCCAAUGAGAUAGGCAUUGAAACUCUCGUCGGUAUGCCCGAUAUCGAUUCAGACUUAUUGAAUAUGACUGAUAUUGAGGAGUUCAAGACCACCGGAUUGGAUUUCAACAUCAUGUCAACUCUCAAAGAUCGAGAAAGCGAAUAUAAAUCGACAGUAACUAAUGUUGAAGUAGCUGCCGCGGUGGAAGAGCGCACCAAGAAGAUGAGAGAUGCAGUGAGCUGGUGGUCGCAGACUGCAGCCAACAAACCCAAGAUCGGCGAUACCGACCUGGGCUUGGAUGACCCGGUAGCUCAAAUGCAGCAAGUUGUUCAGUGGUGGGCCGACGUCGGACAUAUCUACAAUUCUGAUUACGACGCCUACCGCGCGGGGAAAGUUCGGUCGGUUCUAGACGGAUACUCCGACAAGACCUUGUCAGUUGAGCAGAAAGCGGCAGAAAUCCAGGAGUCCCUCAACUGGUGGACCAAGAAUGCCGCUCGCCAUAGCCUCAACCUCGCCGAGGUCAACGAGUCGGUCGAAAAGAUGAAGAAGGUCAAUCAUCUAUUCGACUGGUGGCAGCACAGGGAUAUUCCAUUGGAGGACUAUUUUGAUCCGUUUUCUGAUCCACGAGCCGCUGAGAAGCUAGCAAAGGAAAUGGAAGCUGCGCUUCAAAAGUACAUGAAGUCUGGGGAUAUAGUAUUUUCCUUGGACGAUUUGAGCCUGGUUGAUCCCUUCAUCAAAGUGAAGCAUGCGCUAAUUAGCAUCUUGUCGAAGGAAAGCUCCCCGGAAUCCCUCAAGCUCGAUCUCGACGACGUCGUCACUUGGUACAAAAGACAUGGCUCGUCAUUCGAUCCUUCCAAUGCUUCUCCUGACGAUGUUGCCAUGUUCAAAAAAGUACAGCAACUGUUUUCAGUCUGGGGAACCUCGGACCUGCCGAACGUCACCGAAGCAGAAAGGGCAGCCAGAGAAAUGCUAGACGCGGCCGAUUUUUGGUUACGUAAUCGAGAUGUAGCCGAAGAAUCUUUAGAGUCAUUCGAACUUGAAAAGCUCCGAAAAAUAAAGCAUAUUUCGCUUGACCUUCAUGCCCUCGCUCUAACUGGCAAACAGACGAAGAUCGCCGCGAAAAAGCUUCAAGAAGUCAUAGGAUGGUGGCGCUUGAAAGGUGGAAAGUACGAUCCGCAAACGAGCACCCCUGAAGACGUCGCUCGGUUUGAAAAGUUGCAAACCAUCAUGACCGACUGGAAGCUGAAUCCUUCUUUGGUUGCGGAGAAGACAGCAAGUGAGAUGGCAGAGGCGUUGAGUUGGUGGACCCGAAACAAUCACGGAAUGGAUCCUGAGAAAUACGAAAAGGGAGACCUGCCGAUGUUCUUGAAAGUACAGCAGGCGAUGCAGGUAUGGCAAACUAAGGGCGUUUGCAGUCUUUUAGAGGACCAAGCUGCUUUGGAUGCCAAGGAGAUUGAAGCAGAUCUAAGGCACUGGGAGACUAUCAAAGACUCGGAUACUGCAUCGUUCAAAACGCUGGAUCAGUUGGUGUUUAAUCGUCUGAAGAAAGUAUUUUACAAGUUUCAUAAUAAGAAAGAAUACCCCGAAGAUUUCAUUUGCUUCAUGCGCAAUCCAAAAGCCAUUGUUGAGGUCCGGGACACGCUCCAGGAAUGGAAGCUACUCGGUGGCAGAGUGAAUAUGUUAGACAUGCCAUCGAUCACAAUCCCGAAAAUGAAGAGGUCUAUGUCAAAUUUCCUUGACGCUUUGAUAGAUUGGCGACGUUCAAAAGCCUUCCAAAAUCUUUCUGUCGAAGAGGCCGAACGGCUAGCGAAGGAAAUGCUAGGGUCCCUAAACUGGUGGACAACAAAGGGCGGGAAGAAAUUCGAUCAAAGGCAGGCUCUGCAAGACAUGGAACCUGAUAUGCUCUUUGUCCGAAACGUUCAGCAGACGAUGGCAGAGCUCGUUGAUCCCAGGGCCCACUCCGAUAGAGACAACCUCGAUCUCAGCUACCUUUCCAUCGAUCUUUCUUCCUCCAAGACCAUGAACCUCAUUGAGACCCUGGAGAAGCAGGUCGGGUGGUUCCGUGCGCACGGAAAUAAUAUCAGUUCCCAUACAAUUGACGAAGAGUUGAAGUAUCAGGAUGCGAAGAGGUUGGCACAGUGGUGGGCGAAGUAUGGUAAACCGCUGGACUCGAAAAGAGCGACAGACGCUUCCGCGGUGAUUUUGCGAAUUCUCGAAAACAGAUUUGACGAAGAUUCUCCAAAGGCAAUCAACGCAUUUGAAAGACUCUCUCACAUGUGGUCCCCUGGUCGAAAGCUAGGUUGUUCACACGACAAUGCAAUUGCAAAGGACAUACACGAUUCUCUGACCUGGUGGCGUGCGAAGGCUUACAUCAUCGAUACGACCAACCUGACGGCUCCCGAUACAGCAAAGAUCGAAAAUCUAAAGCAGCUGGUUCAAUGGAUAGAACAGAACGGAGCUGGCAAUACCCAUGAUAACGUCGACAACGCGCUAAAUUGGCUGCGAGGGCCGAACUCUGAUGAUCUGACCAUUGAUUUGUACAGCAAUAUGAAUGAUAUUCUUGACUGGUUUCAGAAUGACAAAAAGCCAGGGUCGAAUUUCCCUUCGGAUGACAAUGGAAAGAUGAAGAAAGUGCAGGAAAACGUAUCCUGGUGGGAACGAAAUCCCAACAAGCAAAGCGACCCCCCUUUGGGCGAUCUAGGUGCACUCUACGCUCGAUAUCAGACACUCCGACCUUUAAUCGAAUGGUGGGAUACUAGGGGUAAAGACUUUGCAGUUCGAAACGGACAAAUGGUUGUAGAUGAGGUGGAUGACAUCGAUUUCCAGCUGAAACAGACUCUCCACUGGCUUGAAAAGCACGUAGAAGAAAAAUCUGUUCCACAUCACAGUGGAAAUGAUAUUGACCUUUUGGGGAAUACUUUAAGCUGGCUCCGUGGCGAAGAUUCCGGUUCAAGCGUACUCGGUGAGCCAACGGGGGUCAAGAAAUCGAAGAAACCGUCCUUUCUCGGGCUUCCGAGAAGUAGUCUGACGCCGGAAGAAAGGCGUGCUGCGGAGAUGGAAGAAGCUCUGAGCUGGUUGAGAACCAACGAUCUGAGCUAUGACCACCCCGGCAUGGACGAUGCUUCGCUUGCAACUAUCCGCACCAUCAACUCAAUUGUUCCCGGUGCAUCGAUGAAAGACCCAAUAGAGGUCGUGAACACGAUGGAGAAUGCCCUAGACUGGCUUCGCAAUAAUGACACGAAUAAAGAUUGGAGCUUGGAUGAUCUCUCUGUGGCGUCAUCGAGAAUAGUCAGAGGCAAUGAGGCAGUUGGCCCCCCUACGACCCUAGAAGAGGAGCGAGCUCGAGAUAUGGAAAGUGCUCUUAAUUGGCUUCGAAACAAUGACGCAACUCAGGGAUACGACGCUCCCUCCUUCGGCUCGUUUCGAACUAUUGGUGAUAGUAGCCGUGGUCUCGGAGCAAUUCCAGAGAACAGUAACGCAAGAAACAUGGAGAACGCACUAGAUUGGCUGCGAGCGAACGAUGCAGGAAUUAAUUUCGGUGACGAUGAUCUUUCGUCGUUCAAUCCAGAUAAAGUCGGACAGAAGGGGAUGUCAGCAACUGCCGAGCAGCAGCGAGCUAGCGAUAUGGCAGGGGCUUUGGAGUGGUUGAGAUCGAGCGUUCCUUCUGGAAGCUCUGUGGCAGAUCUGUCGGCGAACUCUUAUGGUACGGGUCCUUCAAGCGACCAACUGUACAGCGGUGGUGACAUUGGAAAUGCUCUGAAUUGGUUGCGUUCUGAAAUUCCGAGCCUAGGGUUUGUUGACGAUUUGUCUGUCGUAUCUGGAAGAAACCCCUCACAAGGGCCAUUAUCAGAGUACGAAAAACGCGCGAAGUCCAUGACAGAUGCAUUGAGUUGGCUUCGAAAUGGCGAAGACGAAAUUGGACUACAAGACCCUUUGUCUAUCUCUUUCUCGGAUAUGCAAAACCGAGGGCUUGACCAGGAUCGAAGCAAGCCGUUGGGAAUGACCGACGCAAUGGACUGGCUGCGUAGCAAUGUAGCAGGCUUUGCUACAGACGGGCUGUCGGAUUUAUCCAAAAAUAAUCUGGAUGGCGCUCCACUUACAGUAGAGCAGCAACGCUCAAGGGCCAUGGACGAUGCCCUCAAUUGGUUGAGACAGAACAACCCAGACGACCUCGAUGAAACAGAGCCAAUAGGAUCAUCGAAGGACAGAAAGAUGCCGACGAUCGAAGAACAGAAAGCACAAAUCCGAGCGAAGCAGUUAAAUAGUGCUCUCCUAUGGCUUCGAAACAACAACCCGAAUGUUAAUGAUGUAGACGACGAAACACUCGACGCCUUCAGAAGUCUUGCUGGGCUUCCUCUACCUGGUAUAGAGCUCACGCCUGAUCAAAAGAGAAAGGCAAUGGAAGACUGUCUGACAUGGCUUCGAACCAAUAAGCCAAGUUUGGAAAAUAUCGAUGAUGACACUAUCGAAUCUUUUGCUCGGCUCACUGGAUUGCACCUGCCUAGUGAUUACACGUCGCCCGAAGAGAAGGCUCGACUGCUGGAGACUUCGUUGGAGUGGCUUAGAAACAACAAUUUAAAAACUCAGGAGGUCGAUGAUCCAACUGUGUUGUCGCUAGCCGGCGUGGUUGGCAUCGAAUUACCUCGGGGGAAGUUGACUGCUUCCCAGAAGAAAGAGACAAUGGACAAUGUAUUGAACUGGCUUCGGAACAACAAACUAGAUCCAGCAGAUGUCAACACAGAAACACUUCAAAGAUUAGUGUAUCUGACAGGAGUUACCAUGCCAAAGCCUCCUAUGUCAACAAAAACGAAGAAAGCAAUCGUCGAUAAUACUCUGAAUUGGGUUCGUCGGAACCGUCCCGACUUAGGGUCGGUGGAUGAUGCCACGAUCUCGGCUUUCAGUAGGCUAGCAGGAAUACCUCUCCUUGAACAUCGACCGUCCACACAAGAUAAGAUUCAAGUCGUUGAGAAUUUUUGUAAUUGGCUUCGUAACACUGAGGUGGACGCAUGUAAUGUUGAUGAGCCGAGUCUUUUUGCUCUGACGAAGCUGGCGGGUAUCCCGAUGCCGAGGGGUCGCCUUCCCUCCAAGGAAAAGGAACGGCUUAUUGUAGAGGCCUUGGAAUGGUUGCGAAAGAAUAGCCCCGAUAGUGGCACUUUUGAUUACUCGUGUCUCGCAGCUUUCGAAGCUAUCCCUGGGAUUCCUAUACCACGUGGUCUUUUGGGCGUGGAGGAUAGGCAGCAGACAAUUGACGAUGCUGUCUCUUGGCUCAGGGACAACGAACCGACCGUUGAUGCCCUUGAUUUUUCCUCGAUUGCUUCGCUUCGGACUCUAGCAGGUCUACCGAUAACGAGAGGACGUCUCGACAUAGAAGAGAGAUCCAGGGCAAUGGAGGAUGCCAUCAAAUGGCUUCGCAGCAAUGACCCAAGGAUCGAGGACGUUGAAAUUACGACACUUGCCGCUUUUGCAAAUUUGGCGGGGAUACCAAUCCUCGGAAUGCCUCUGUCUAUGGAAGAAAAGAGGGAGGUCUUUACGGAUCUUUUGAAUUGGAUACGCAAAAACGACCCUGACUUACGUGACGUCGACGAGAGUACUGUCAACGCAUUUGUCAAUCUCGCCGGGCUACCGUUGCCACAAGGAAGGAUUCCUGCGGAAGAUAAGAAGAAGCUCAUGGUCGGCCCAGUCAACUGGCUGCGAAGAAAUAGGCCGCAAGCAGAGAAUGUUGAUGGUCCCACAGUCCAGGCCCUUCGCAAUCUUACUGCGCUGUCUCCCCCAAUAACUACAGCGUUUGAGAAGGAGAAUACUCUGGAGCAAAUCUUGAAUUGGAUCAGGAAAACUAGUCCAAAAAUCGAUGGGAAAAAGCUCAAUGAUCCUUCAGUUUUGGCGAUCGCCAAUUUGGCAGGUCUUCACCCUCCAAACUCCCGACUAACUCCUACAGUGAAGAACAAUGCCGUCGACCAAGCAUUAGAGUGGCUUCGAAACAAUGAUCCUGACCCGGAAAACGUUGACUUCCCAAUGAUAGCUGCACUAGCAAAUCUCUCUGGGGCUCCCAUGCCAAAAGGAACACGCAGUGUGGGGGACAAAGCGAAACCGAUGGAGGAAGCUCUGCAGUGGCUGCGUGAGAAUACACCAUCACUUGAUGACAUUGAUGAACCCAUCUUUCAAGCGUUUGUGAAUCUUCCAGGUGUCCCACCACCGUCUCGGAACUUGUCGUCUGAGGAGAAAAAGAGCAUCAUGGAAGAAGCAAUUGACUGGGUUCGAGCGCACGAUGUUGCGCCUGAAUCUAUCAAUCAGGCCACGUUACGAUCCUUUGCCAACGUUACUGGACGUCCCUUGCCCAAAGGUUUACUCACUCCAAUCAAGAAACAAAAAGCCAUGGAGCAUUUUCAACACUGGCUUCGGAACAACGACAAGGACUGGAGUGUGGUUGAUGACCUUGAUGUCAGGGUAUUCGCAAAAGUUGCUGGCAUUCCUAUGCCCCGUGGCGAAAAUAGUGACGUUGUGGACGAGGCUAUGACUUGGCUCCGCAGCAAUGAGCCUAGACUAGAAGAUCUUGACGAUCCAACAGUUUUAGCGCUGAGCAAUCUUUCGGACCUCCCACUUCCUCAAGGAAAACUUUCAGCGACGGAUAAGAAAAAGGCAUUAGAGGACGCAAUCGAGUGGCUUCGAAACAACGAUCCGAAACAGCCGAGACUCGUCGAUGGACCUACCUUGAAGGCAUUGGCUUCGCUCGCUGGGAUCCCCGUCCGCGGAAGCUUUCUUUCACCUGGUCGUAGAGAAGAAAUUAUUGAAAACUCAAUAACUUGGCUUCGCGAAAACGAGCCGCAGGUAGACAGUCUCGACACACCCUCGAUGAAAGCAUUGUGCAAUUUGGCAAAUGUCAAUUUGCCUCACGGCCGGAUAUCCACCGAGGAUAAAAAGCAGGUGCUGGAGGACGCCACGACAUGGUUUCGCAGCAAUGUCCCUCGGGAGAGCGAUAUUGAUGCAUCGCCUCUUCGGGCCUUAGCACGGCUCGCAGGAAUUCCUAUGCCACAUGGGAGAAUCCCGUUCCAUGAAAAGGUGAACACUUUGGAAAUAGCCGUGAAUUGGAUUCGGAAGAAUGACCCUCGUCUUGACAAUGUUGAAGACCCAGAUAUUAGAGCCUUAGCAAAUCUAAUAGGAGUGCCAAUUCCUUUCUCGAAGCUUUACCGAGCGGAAGAGAAGGCUGCCCUGGAUCAGGUGGUGAGCUGGCUUCGGAAAAACGAUUUAAAGGAACCGGUGUAUGACGUAGAUGAGCCAACGUUUACAGCACUGACAAACCUUGCCAGUGUGGUUCCCAGGGCGAUACUCCCACCGACGGCAAAAAACCAUGCGAUAAAUGACAGCCUAGAAUGGCUUAGAAACAACGAUCCUAAGGCCCGCGACGUGGACCAUCCAACCCUUCGAGCGCUCGCAAAUCUAGCCGGUGUCCCGGUUCCUCAAAGUCGGCCUUCGUCACACCGCACACAACUAAUUCUGGAUGACAUUGUGGCAUGGCUGCGCAAUAAUUCGCCAAACCCCGAAGAUGUCGAUGACCCAACCUUGGUGGCCCUUCUGAGUAUUGGAAAUAUUCCAGUUCCUCGGGAAGCGAUGGCCCUGGUCGACAAGACGGCAGCCAUGGACAAAUGUGUAGAUUGGCUUCGCAACAACAAGGUCAAUCCCUCAGAUGUGGACGAUCCGACAGUCAACGCUCUUUGUAGUUUGGCAGGGACUCCAAUUUCUCGAGGCAUUUUGUCGGAAUCACACAAAAAGAAAGCGCUUGACGAAUCCUUGAGGUGGCUCAGACACAACGACACGGAUCUAGAGGUCUUGGACGACCCCACCAUUCAAGCUUUGGCAAAUGUUGCUGGAAUACCUGUUGCGAUUUACAAACCAGAGGAUAUCUUGAGAGACGCGUUGACAUGGCUUAGAAAUAACGAGCUCGAUGGAGGCAGUGUCGAUGACCCUACUCUUGCCGCGCUUAGCAACCUGACCGGGAUUUCUCUGCCGAAAGGCGAGCUGUCGAAUACUAAGAAGGUAGAAGUUGUGGAGGAAGCAAUGGACUGGCUUCGCAAUAACGAGCCUGAGGCUGACACCGUGGACACUCCCACCAUACAAGCCCUUGCAAAUAUUGCAGGUAUUCCGACGCCGCGACUACGGAUAUCUCCGGAACAGAAGAGUGAAGCAAUGCGUGAUAUCAUGGACUGGCUUCGAAACAGCAAUCCAAAAGUAGAAGACGUUGAUGAUUCUACUGUUGACUCACUGGCUAAUCUUGCAGGGCUGCCGAUGCCUAAUUCAAACAAUGCAACAAGCAAAGAGCUCGAAAACGCACUCGACUGGCUCAGGAGUAACGAUCCGAGGCCGCAGAAUAUUGACGAUCCCACUUUGGCAUCAUUCACCGCGAUCGCUGGAGUCCCAAUGCCCAAAGCGGCUUUUACCCUCGAAGAGAAAGCAAAAGCUAUCGAAGACACAGUAGCCUGGCUUCGAUCCAACACUGUGAAACCUGAAGAUCUCGACGAGCCAACCACGGUCGCCCUUAUGAACGUUACCGGAACUUCACCGCGAUCGUUCACACCAGCACAAAAGGAGGCGAUCGUCGAGCAGGCCCUCACCUGGAUUCGAAACAACACCCCCCGCCCUGAAGACUUGGAGGAUCCGACCAUCCAAGCACUGUCGAACAUUGCUGGAAUACCAUCGCCUACAACAAAGAUGAGCUCACCUGAGAAAGCGAGAAUGCUCGCUGAGUCCACGGUUUGGCUUCGAUCAAACAGCCCUAUAGUAGAGAAUAUUAAAGACCCUGCACUCGCCGUAUUUGCGAAAUUACCGGGCGUAAAUGUUCCUCGACGUCCUCUGUCUCUUGAACAGAGGACAAAAGCAAUGAAUGAAGUUCUGGAUUGGCUACGUAACAACUCCCCGAAUCCGGCCGACAUGGACGAACCUACCGUCUCGGCGCUUGCUAAUAUUCCAGGACUUCCCCAAACUCGUGGGGUUGUGUCGCCUGAGCAGACUAAGUCCAUUGUCGACGGAGCUGUUGAUUGGCUUCGUAACCGAGGCCCGAAAAUGGAGGAGCUAGACGAGCCAACGAUAUCUGCCUUUCGUACUUUAUCGGGUCUUCCCAUGCCCGUUCAUCUUCUUCCUGACGAGAAAAUUAAACUGGUAGAAGACGCAGUGAACUGGCUACGAAACAAGGAGCUACCAAUCGAUCAGACUGAUGAUCCUACCAUACAGGCGUUUGCGAACAUUGCAGGGCUACCUGCUCCCACGAGACGCUUGCUUCCGGACGAUAAAAAAGGUGCCUUGCAAGACGCAGUUGAUUGGCUUCGGAACAAUAAAGUGAGUCCUCUCGAGCUCGACGAUCCGUCAAUUGCAGCGCUUGCCAGUCUUGCUGGCAUUCCGGUUGCGCAAGAAAAGAUGUCACCCGUUGAGAAAGGACGGAUUGUGGAGGAAUCGUUGGAUUGGUUGCGAAACAACGGAGCACAACCGAAAGCCGUGGAGGACCCCGAUUUGGUCAUACUUGCUAAUCUUGCCGGAGUUCCACUACCUCUCACCCGUCCACCACCCCAAGAAAGAGCGAAGGCUCUGGAGAAGUCGAUGGACUGGCUUCGAAAAAAUGAUCCUCCUCUUGUGACUCUUGACGGACCAACGUUGACACUUUUGUCAAAUCUGUCCGGAAUUCACAUACCACAAAGUACAAUGGAUCCGGAUGAAAAAGCGGUAGUACUAGAAAAGUCGCUCGAUUGGCUGCGCCACAAAAAUCCACGCCCGACUGAUAUCGACGAACCUACUUUAAAUGCAUUGUCACGGUUGGCUGGGGUACCUUUGCCCCGUGCAGAAUUUCCUAAGCACCCAAAAGAAGAUCAGCCCGAAAAUUCUAUAGACUGGCUUCGUCAAAAGCAGCGAAAGCCAAGCUUUGGUGAGCCGGUUCCGUCAAGCUUGGAAAACGUGCCAGGAAGCCCCCUGAUUGUAUUGCCGAACGAAGAAGAUCAAUUAUUGGAUAGGGCCUUGGACUGGCUCCGAAACAACGACCCUCCGCUCAUUGACAUCGACGAGCCAACUCUCGAAGCUUUCACAACCCUCACUGGAGUUCCGAUGCCAUGCGCUGAAUUGUCGCCCGAAGACAAGGCCUCAUUACUCAACGAUGCCCUUGACUGGCUUCGUAACAAUGAUCUCAAACCCAGCGAUAUCGAUGAGCCUACACUUCAAGCCUUUACUAAUCUUGCUGGCGUUCCAACUGAUCAAAGGCCAUUGCAGCCUGAUCAAAAAGCCAAACUUGUUGAGGAAGCAAUUGACUGGCUCCGAAAGAACAAUCCGCAACCAAAUGAUAUCGACAAACAAACUCUGCUCGCCUUCGCAAAUCUGGCCGGGCUUCCUCCCCCCACGCCAAAAUUAUCUCCGAAAGAGAAGGCAGCUGCGAUGGAAGAAGCUAUCAAUUGGCUUAGAAAAAAUGAACCCAUUCGGAUCGUCGACGAACCAACGAGUUUCAAGCCAAAAAACAUUGAUGGAAUCCCGGUGCUACCUGGAGAUACUAUUAGAAAUACCGAUACUGUAAUCGACUGGCUUCGCAACCACGGGGCUACAAUUCCUGAAGAAUACCUUUCUUCUCCACAGUACGUGAAUCUACCAAAAGCGGUCAUGCCAAGACGCUCUGAAUUUCCAGAAGAGAAAGUAAAGGCGAUGGAAGAAGCCCUAGACUGGCUCCGAGACAAGGAUCCUCAAACGCCACACAAGGAACCAGACAUUCUGACAUUGAAUAAUUUCCCUAAUAUUCCGCCCGAUGCAUCCCCCGAGUUCCAGACUCAAGCGAUCGAAGAUGCGCUGAAUUGGCUCAGGAACAAGGCUCCCAUUCAUCCUGAUGAUUCAAUUGGUAACAUUCCAUAUGACAGAGUCCCCCACACCGGCCUCUCUCGUUUUCCUUACGGGUUGGACACCCCUAGCGAGGAUCACCCAUCCCUCGAUUGGAACAGAAAUCGCUCUGUACCAGGGGUUCAAGGUCCCAGCCCGUACGGACUAGAUGACGGACCCGAAGGGCCACCAUCCAUGCAACGCGCAAUUGGGCCGGAUGCUCGUCCAGACGAAUCCCCGGGCUGGGACUGGGCUCGAAAUCGACCGGCAGCAGGGCACGAGGGGCCUAAUCCAUACAACCUGGACAAUGGACCGAACGGCCCAACAUCAGUUCCUCGAUCUGCCAUAUCAGGAGACUUUCCAGAAAAUCAUCCUGGAUGGGACUGGGCUCGCAACCGUCCUAUACCAGGAGGCGAAGGCCCCACUCCAUAUGAGCUCGGUGACAGUCCCCAUGGGCCAACAUCGAUGCCAAGGGGACCCGAUGGAAGCGACCUUCCAGAAGAUCAUCCGGGCUGGGACUGGGCUAGGAACCGCUUCCCUCCCGGUGUAAAAGGUCCCAAUCCAUACGAACUGGGAAACGGACCAAACGGGCCAACAUCCAUGCCACGAGGUAUCCAGGAAGGCAAUAAUCCCGAUGGGCAUCCUGGUUGGGACUGGAAUCGCAACAAUCCAGUUCCAGGAGUCCAAGGUCCUGGUCCUUAUGAUUUUUCAGGUCCUUUUGAAGGUCCACUUGGUCUGGCCCCAAGACCACCGCCUGAAAGUCCCGUGGCUUAUCCGGAAGUCGACUGGAAUAGAAAUGGACCCCCACGAGGGAUCGAUGGCCCUGCUGGAAUAUCUUUCUCGAUACCGCCCGAAGGCCCAACAUCAAUGCCCCGCUAUCCGACGGAGACUCCUGCGGACUACCCAGCCGUAGAUUGGAACAGAAACAAGCCCAUCCCGGGGAAUGCGAUAGAACCGUACGAAAAUCCCGAUGUUGGCGAUCAAUCGGCUCCAUGGGCGACGGAACCUGACGAAGAAACUGAAGACGGCCAAGGGCCUAGACCGAUGGCUGUCCCCGAAGACCUAUACAGCGAGCCCGAGACCGAAGAAUCGAAACAGGAGCCGAAGGGCACCGUCUUUCCGGUAUGGCUCUGUUUGACUCUCGCCGUCCUUGCAUCAGUAGUUGGUGCCAAUUCAGUGUCGGGUCCUGCCACUGCAACCGGUGCUCCACCUAAUUUGCUGUUCGAUCCAACAGCUCCUCUUGGUGGCACCCCACCAGUUCUACCGAAUCUCCCUGUCGUACCAGCUGUACCAUGUCCUCAAGAUGCUGCCUGCGAAUUUAUAAUGGGAUCUGUCGAUCGUUUCCUCCCUCCCCAGACUCGUGCUCUUAUUAAUGUACCCGGCACCUGCCAGAAUUGGUCUCGAGAAUGGCUUCGAACUGGGAAGGAUAUUAUGGAGUUUCAAGUCGAGCGUAUUCGACAGCGUUUUGCGAUGGCACUAAUGUAUUGUGAGUUCAACGGAGACAAUUGGCUUGAGAGUGAGCUCUGGGUCUCAGAUCUACAUGAAUGCGAUUGGUACACGAUGAUUGGUGUCGACCCUUGUGGUCGACGUGAACAAUACCAGAUUAUACGAAACUACGGCCAGCAAAUGCGUGGAACGUUGCCUCCAGAGAUCUCUAUGCUUUCGUCUCUUUGGGAGAUUAGCCUCUCCGACAACCUGAUCGAAGGAACGAUACCUUCUGAUUUCUACAAACUUUCUGAGCUGGACACGCUGUCACUUUCUUUCAAUCUCUUCAAAGGAACCAUUCCCGAAUUUAUGUGGGAGUACGAAGAUAUGAACUACAUGGACUUGGCGUACAACUUUUUUACUGGCACCAUCCCAAACACAGUGCACUUGACGGAACCGAACCUUAACGUCUUAUUUGUCGAGAACAACGAUCUUGCGGGAACAAUUCCGGAGACGUUCGGAGAUCUAAACUGGAAGCGUUUGCAUAUGGACGGCAACCAGUUCAAUGGACCAAUACCUGCGGGUAUCAACUCGCCAAGGAUGGAAGAGCUAAUGUUGCACAACAAUCAGCUGACUGGGGGCUUUCCAGCCUCAGCUUUCGCGAACGAUCUUCCGACCGGAACGUCAAAACUCCGCCAAGUGACAAUUUAUAACAACGACGUUACGGGAGAUGUCAACGAGAUGUGCAGUCUUUUUACGACUGGUAGUCUCGAGACUUUUGAAGUCGACAAGGAUAAAGUUCUUUGUGACUGCUGCGCUGGAGCACCUUAA